UGCAUUUUUAAGUCUUUUUGAACGAUUAUUUUUACCAGUAACCUUCCAAACACUAACCAAGCUAUUUAUUUCCUCCAUGAAGGUGUCCAUUUUGAACACGGUUGAUACCUCGCAUGAGGAUAUGGUCCACGAUGCUCAAAUGGACUAUUAUGGCAAAAAGCUUGCAACUUGUUCAUCAGAUAAGACUGUAAAGAUAUUUGAAACAAGUGGAUCCCAGCAAACUCUUGUUGCUACUUUGAGAGGGCAUGAGRGUCCAGUGUGGCAAGUUAGCUGGUCUCAUCCAAUGUUUGGUAAUCUUCUAGCAUCGUGUUCUUAUGACAGAAAGGUUAUUAUAUGGAAAGAAUCAAAUAAUGGAUGGGCAAAGCUACAAGAAUUCUGCAAUCAUGAUUCUUCAGUUAAUUCAAUCUGCUGGGCUGCCCAUGAGCAUGGUUUAAUGUUAGCUUGUGGAUCGUCUGAUGGUUCAGUCUCUAUUAUAUCUAGUCCAGGUGAUGGUACUUGGGAGAGUAAAAAGAUAAACAAUGCACAUACAAUUGGAUGUAAUGCAGUAAGUUGGGCACCGGCUGUCUCACCAGGAUCGAUUCUAGAGCAUCCUUUAUCCAAGGCUGGAAUUGUUGAAAAAAGAUUUGUAACUGGAGGAUGUGAUAAUCUUGUCAAAAUUUGGAGAGAGGUUGAUGGUCAAUGGGUUGAAGAACAAAAGUUAGAAGCACAUAGUGACUGGGUAAGAGAUGUUGCCUGGGCUCCUAAUGUUGGUCUUCCUACAUCAACUAUAGCAAGCUGUUCUCAGGACUGUCGUGUCAUUAUUUGGACAAAGAAUGAGGAAGAAGGAGAAGAUUGGACCUCUAAAGUGUUAAAGAAGUUUAGUGAUGUAGUUUGGCAUGUCAGCUGGUCUGUGACUGGGAAUAUCUUAGCAGUAUCUGGUGGAGACAACAAGGUCAGCCUAUGGAAAGAAUCUCUCGAAGGACAGUGGGUUUGUGUCAAUGAUGUAGACAAAGGACAAGGACAGGAGCCACUGGAGUAAGCCAUGUAUUAGGAACAAAUUUUGUAUAGAAAACCUAAAUUAAUAGCUAAUGUGUAUGGGAAAGGCAGUCUGUUGAGAUGGAUGGAAUGCACUCCAUACUUUUAUAUGAUGAGAGGAAUGAAACAAGGGAUGAAAGAAGACCAGAUCUCGUAGCAGGAAUCUAUUUUCUAAGGUUACUAUAGAAAAUACUCUCUAAUGAGAAAACUUCAUACUGUAGAAAUAAUUUUCAAAUUUUCUUGGUAUGAUGAAGUCUGUGUCUUGUGAUACUCAUAUUUGGUAUCUUCUAAAGAACUUCCUCCAUCUUCUAGAUCUAACAUAUUUUCAAAAACAAUCCUUUUGGUAUUUUGACUAAGGUACAGUAAUGCAGUAAAAGUAUUGCAUUAUCAGUGCGAACUGAGAACAAAACACAUAUUGUACAGCAUGACUCCAAAUACAAAAUUGCUUUUCAGUAACCACUUUCACAACCUUUUUCAAGAAUUCUUCUUAUCCUGACAUAGCAAUAAAAUAAUUGAUCAUUAUUUUGCAAUUUUAAAUCCCCAAGAGUUAAAUAAUAACAAAGAUAUGGCAGCCACAUUUGGUGUUAAUGAGAAAUCUCCCUUAAAAUACCACCACAUGGCUGUGACGAUAUAAGUUACAAUUGGCCAUUUACAGGAAACAAUCACAUGACUGUUACUGGAUGGAAAAAAAGUUUGGACCUCCUUUAUUAAAAUACCUUUUGCUGGAUUACUAAUGUCAAAUCUAAACCUUUUCCAAAAUAUAUUUUCUCCCUAACAAGAUAAUUUAGAUUUCAAGAUACAAAGCAUUUUAAAGUUCGUUUGCCAUCCAGCAGACCUUCCCCAAGAGACUUCAUUAGCAAAGUGAUAUAUCAGCACGUGACUGUUUGUUGCGAAUGGCCUAUUGAAACAUUUGUACUGCAAACACUAGAGAACAAACACUUCUGGCAAUACACUUAUCUGUAAAUUAUUAUUUACUCUCCAUCCCCAUGAUAGAUUUAGAAAAGAAGGCAUAACAGGUUUUAAAAAUUACAGUUUUAAAAUAUCACAAAACAAAUCAAUAAAAUGUAUAAUUUGAUUUACAGCCAUAUAUAGAUCCAUUAACUAUUUUCAAAUUUGCAAGGAGUUUACUCAAGUAAUUAUCAUUGUUGUUAGAUUAAUUCCACCAAAUAACUAAACAGUAUUAUUAAUUAUUAACUCAACUAUUUAACUGUUGUAGAGUGUAUAAAACAACCAUAGCAAACAAGGGGCUCCACACUAUUUAGUUUAAGUAUCUUUUUAUGGGUUUGGUGUGUACACUUAGAUGAAAGUGUCACAGUAUAGUAUAGUAGUUGUAAGUAAAUCAUUUCUUGGUGCUUUCAUCAA